AUGACUGUCAAGGACGAUGUUUACCAUGCGACCGAAAACCUGAUUCUGCCCAAGCCUCGACGCCGCUACCGCACCAGUGUCCAUCCUAGUCACUGGCAGUUGCGCUCCAUGGUGGGCGUCGAGGGCAAUGACAUAGUCUAUUUUCCCGGAGGAAGGGACAGCACCGAGGUCCAGAGACUAAACACCACGACCCAAGAGAUCGAAACCAUCAAGCGCCUUCCUUUCCAGCCUAGAUGUCUGGUCGCACGGAAUGGGUGGAUCUGCUGUGGUGGCGAGACGGGCGAGUUUACGGCGAUACAUGUCCGCGAAAGAAGCCCUCAGAACGAUGCCAACGCGCCGCUCAACACGGGUUCAGACGACCAGGUUCCCGGUCAGGAGCUGCUGGACGAACUCAGCCAUGGCUUGGACGAUGAGGAUCCGGUAGCAGUCGCGCGGGCGCUAGCUCGAGAACAUAUCUUAAUUGCUGCACGAGGCAAUGCGAACAACGAUAACAAGAACCUGUCUGUCACAAGCAAAAAGUUCGGCAAACAGCGGGUGAACUGCAUUACUCUGUGGUUUCCACCGACCUUGGUACCGGCUGCGCCAGGCGCAUACAACGAACCAAUUGCCGUUCUUUCAAAUAAUGACAACUCGGUUGCUUGUGUCAGUUUGUGGGAAGAGGAGGCCUUGGAUGAGAUCGCAUACCCAGACUGUGUCAACCGUGCUGUCAUCUCCCCGGACGGCCGGCUCCUCAUCGCCAUAAGUGAUGACCCUUACCUAUACGUACACGAAAGGGUCGAGAAGGAUGAACCGUGGACGAACAGUUACCGUCUGCACCGAACACACAAAUGGGUCCUGCUGCGUAAAGUUCCUUUGAAAAGUCAAAGCAAAGAUGAUCGGUCUGAAAACAGGGGAAGUUUUGCUGCGUGCUUUUCCAGUACAGGGAAUUAUCUGGCCAUCGGGACUCAAUAUGGAAUUAUAUCUGUGUUCGAUGUUGCAGCCUUCUCCGUCUCUGGGUUAGAUCCCCUCAUAACGAGCUUCGGCUCGUCCAGGCCACAUGCUGAGCUGGGCGCCAUCCGCGACAUGGCCUUUGCUCCGGGGUCUGCGGACCUCCUGGCAUGGACCGAAGACCGCGGCCAUGUUGGUGUUGCCGACCUCCGAACCGGCUUCAUAUCGCGGCAAAUCCUGGAUCUGGACCAACGAGACGACUACGACCACGUCAUGAUAUCCGAUAGAAGCGCUAUCGACCCCCGCCUCCUCCUCCUCGCAGCAGCUUCCAGUGAUGAACAUGAGGUCUUAGCAUCCGCUUCAUCAACUCGCAUCCUAGAAGCCCUCGAAGCUGCCGGUAGACGGCAUCGCUCAAAUAGAGAACAUCGGGAUUCGCUAGCGUCAGGUCCGUUCGCUCCUAAUGAACUGGAGGUACUUGAUGCGAUGCGGGCAGAACGUAGAGAACGAGAUGCCGCUAACUCAGGCGGAGGAGGAGGAACCGCGACCGGAAGGAGAACCAAUACUUCGAUCUGGCGUGAUGAUCCAUCAACCCGCUCAGGUGGAGGAGCAGGAGCAGGAGACACCCAGCAAUCUUCUGGGAGUAGCGAGCAGUCCUCCCGUGAGCGUGGAAGUGGUGACUUGAGAACCGCUCGCGACGCUAAUAGGACACUAUCUACCUACCGUGAGUACGCAGAUGUCGUCACCGGGGUCCCUCGUCGCGCAGCUACAUCGCUACGAACAUCCGCCAGCACCGGCGCAGGUGCAACGGGUGGGGGUAGUACUUAUCCCGACCGGAACAUCCAGAUGCGAGCAAACAUACAGGCAUUACGGGAAGCAGAUGACCAAGCUACCGCCGCCGACCAUCUUCGUAUUCUCAGUUCCAUUGCUAGAUUAGGAGCAGGAGGAGAGCGAGGAGAUCGAAUCCACCCACCUAACCGGACCGCUGGCAUCACCGGUACCACCACCAACAAUAACCAAACGCAAACUGCAUCAGACGUAGCAGCAGAGAGGCGAGCCCUCACCCUCUCCUCGCGCAUCAUGGCGAACCCAAGCUUAUUAUCCCCCACCAGCAGAAACAUCGCAUCUAACAUAAGUACGAACACAAACACUACCAACAACCUCGGUGCCGCCGCCACUCUACAGCAGCUCUACUACACCCUCGGCCUCGAGGACACGAUCCCCUACGACAGCUUCAGCAGGACUCUUCCCGAGCUCGACGGCUCCGCCCGCAGGCUCCGCCAUGCUAGCCUGCGCGAGUGGGAUGAUCACCCCACCAGAAGAGCGUUUGGGGCGCUGUAUAUGAGUAGGAGGGAGCCGGAUCCGCAUGAUACGGCGGGCUUGUGUUGGAGUGAGGAUGGGAGGGUUUUGUAA